AUGAAUGGCCUAAGAAUCAUUCAAGGGGAGCAAAGUUCACCUGAGCCACUUUCACCAAGAACCGCUGCUGUAUGUGCUGGUUUGAGGAGGAAUUAUAGUUCUUCAAGCACUGAAUCUAAGAGUUACGAAUCUGAAGGUUCAAGCAAGAUGGCAGUGAUUCCGAACAACAACAAUAAUGUUGAAGGAGGUGGUGCACUUGUAGUCCAACCUCGAAAACCUCUGCUUGACAGGUUUGAGCUUAAAAGUGGUAUGAUUCAUCUUCUUCCAACUUAUUAUGGUAAUACCACUGAGGAUCCUUACAUGCAUAUUAAGCAAUUCUUUGAAAUAUGUGCUACGAUCAAAAUUCAAGGCCUUGAUGAUGAGCAGACUAAGAUGAGGCUAUUCCCAUUCAGUUUAAAAGAUAAGGCUAAGUCUUGGUUAUACUCUUUGCCUAAUGCUUCAAUUCAUACUUGGGAAGAGCUUUCUAAUAAGUUUUUGCAGAAAUUCUUUCCGGCUCAAAAGACUAACAAGAUUAGAAAGGAAAUCCUUGGUUUCACACAAAAGGAAGGAGAAGCUUUUCAUGAAUGUUGGGAGAGGUACAAGGAGAUGAUAAGUUCUUGCCCACACCACAACAUAGAGAGUUGGAUGCAAAUGCAAUCUUUCUAUGAAGGUUUGCUUGAUUCCGAAAGGAUGAUGGUCAAUGCAACAAGUGAAGAAGGACUGAUGAACAAAGCAGCAGAUGAGGCUUUUACUCUCUUUGAAUCCUUGAGUGCUAACUCUCAACAAUGGAGCCACAAUAAAGGAAGAGGAGCUCCUAUGAAAGCUGUGGUCUCUGAGGCAGUGAUUGACCCUCUAAGAAACAAAGUGGAAGUUCAAGAUCAAUCUUUUGCAGAGCACAUGCUAGAACAAGCAAAUGCCCUUCAAGCAAGGAAUCCUAAUAAUGAUCCUUACUCAAACACUGGAGCAAUAACUCAAAUGUGCAACAAUCUCAAGGACCUCCCCCAGGAUUUCAAAUACAACAAAGGCAAUAUUGUGAUGUUCCCCAAGUUUUGGACUCAAUCCGAUAUCGAUUGGUCCAUGAAAUGGGACAAUUUAGGUUCGUACGAAGUUCGUUCUGAAGUGGACUGGUUGGUUCAUAUGAAGAUCAUUCUGAAAUGGAGUGGUAGGUGUAUUGCAAAGUUUUAUCCAUUGGAUUUCACUCAAACCCCACCAAAUAACUCCUCCCACCAUAUUACGAUGUUCCCCAAGUUUUGGACCCAAUCCGAUAUCGAUUGGUCCAUGAAAUUGAACAAUUCAAGUUCGUACAAAGUUCGUUCUGAAGUGGAGUGA